CCGAGGGGGGCGGGCCGUGCGGGGCGGGCGGUGCGCGAUGGGGUCCCGCCGCCCGCGGGCCUGACCCGCCGGCCCGGCAUGGCGGGCAUCAUCAAGAAGCAGAUCCUGAAGCACCUCUCCCGGUUUACCAAGAAUCUCUCCCCGGACAAAAUCAACCUGAGCACGCUGAAAGGUCAGGGGCAGCUGACCAACCUGGAGCUGGAUGAGGAGGUGCUGCAGAAUGUGCUGGAACUGCCCACCUGGCUCGCCAUCACUCGUGUCUACUGCAACAAGGCCUCGAUCAGGAUCCAGUGGACAAAGCUGAAAACACACCCGAUCUGCCUGUACCUGGACAAGGUGGAGGUGGAGAUGAGGACGUGUGAGGAGCCUCGGCCGCCCAACGGACAGUCCCCCAUCGCUCUGGCUGCCGGCCAAAGUGAAUAUGGCUUUGCUGAGAAGGUCGUGGAGGGGAUGUUUAUUGUUGUCAAUUCCAUCACCAUCAAGAUUCACUCCAAGGCCUUUCACGCUUCUUUUGAGCUCUGGCAGCUCCAAGGCUACAGUGUCAACCCCAACUGGCAGCAGAGCGACCUGCGCCUCACCCGCAUCACCGACCCACAGAGGGGAGAGGUUCUGACAUUCAAAGAGCUCACCUGGCAGACACUGAGGAUAGAAGCAGAUGCCACAGACAAUGGUGAUCAGGAUCCUGUCACUACUCCUCUGAGACUCAUCACCAACCAGGGGAGGAUCCAGAUCUCUCUCAAGAGAAGGACCAAAGAUUGCAAUGUGGUGGCCUCCAAGCUGAUGUUUCUCCUGGAUGACCUGCUGUGGGUGCUGACAGACUCCCAGCUGAAGGCAAUGAUGAAAUAUGCUGAGUCCCUGAGCGAGGCCAUGGAGAAAUCUGCUCAGCAGAGGAAAAGCUUGGCUCCAGAGUCUGUACAGGUGACCCCCCCUGCUCCCAGUGCCCAGCAGUCCUGGGCCCAGCCCUUUGGGGGCAGCCCCAGCCCCAGCAGCAUCGGGCAGUACUUUGACAAGCACGACAUGAAGGAGUCCUCGUACCACCUGCUCAUCUCCCGCCUGGACCUGCACAUCUGCGACGACAGCCACGCCCGGGAGGCAGGUGCUCUGAAGCAUGGGAUGCUGGGAGGUGCCAUCCAGCUGACCUUCAGGAGGAUGGCUUUUGACUAUUAUCCUUUCCACAGGGCAGGAGAUGCCUGCAAGCAUUGGGUGAGGUACAGUGAAGCAAUGGAGACACGGGGACAGUGGGCAAGGAAGUUGGUCAGUGAAUUUCAAAGCAAGAUUGAGAAGCUUUAUGAAGAAAUGGACCCUGCCUUUGCCAGGACUCCACUUUCCCCCUUCAAAAAGAAACCAGACGCCCCCCCGAGCCCCCAGAGGAGCCCCCCGGAGAAAGGCCGAGCCCCUCCCACGAGUCUGCCGCGGCUCCGGCAGCCGCCCUGGCACCGGCUGCGCUCCAGCUGCGUCCUGCUGCGCGUGGACGACCUGGACGUGCACCAGGUUUCUACAGCUGGGCAACAAAGUAAGAAACCCUCCACCUUGGUUUCAUGUAGGAGAAAAUUCUUCAAACUCCCUGACCAGGUCUCUGCAAUCCAUAUUGAAUUCACAGAGUAUUACUUCCCAGACAAUCAGGACUUUCCAGUUCCGUGCCCAAACCUGUAUGUGCAGCUGAACGGCCUGAUUCUCACCCUGGACACAGCAAGUGUGCUCUGGAUCAAUCUCUUCUGCCUGGAUCUCUAUCGCAGCUUGGAGCAGUUCAAAGCCAUCUACAAGCUGGAGGACUCAGGCAAGCGUGAUGAGCACGUCGAUGUCCGACUGGACGGCUUCCGCCUGAAGCUCAACAUCCCCGUGGAUAAGAAGGUCACGGACCAUCGGGAUCGCCCGCAGAGCCUCUGCAUUGGCACGUCAGAGGUGACGGCCACCAACACCCGGCACGGCCCCUCCUGUGGCUGCCAGGACCUGCAGAGCCUCUUCCGGAGGUUCGCGGGCUCGGAGUUCUUCCACUCGGGCUACAGCGAGUUCCCCCGGGCCCAGGGCAGCUUCAGCCUCCUGCACACCCUCUUCCUGCGCCACGCCUACCAGGUGGAUGACAGGCCUCAGAAGCACCCGGGCCUGCCCCAGCUGCUCCACAAAACCUCUGCCUCUGAGGAUCUGUGGUCUGUGAACUUCACUGAGCUUGCCCUGGGCUUCGAGGGGGCUGAAAGCUCCAAGGGCAGAGCCCUCAGCUUUAUUGACCCUUUUCCCCUUUCCAUUUGGGCCUGCCUGCCCAAGAGGUGGAGGCAAGCUCAGAUAUCUAAACGACAGGAACUGGCUGCCUCUGAGGUGAAAAUCAAGCCUUCUGCCAGCUUUAGCAACCACUCAAAGAACGAGAACCUUUCCAGAGAACACGGCAUUUGUCAAAGAUCAAAGACUGACCAGGAUCUGAAGAACAUCUACAAGGCCCCAGAAACAAUGGAUGUCUUGGGAGAAUCUGACUGUGAAGUUGAUGAUGGAGUAGACAGUGAAGAGCUGGAAGCCUCUGCUGAUAUCCAUGUGCUCAUGUCCUCAUCUGUUCAUGUCAAAGUUCGGCUCAAUCACUACCAGUACUUGGUGCUGCUCAGGAUGAAGGAAGUUCUGCAAACACUACAGGAGCAGCUGGCCCAAGAUACCCAGGAAGUGACUGGGUGUCCUUUAGAUCCCAUGUCUGCUUGUGUGGGAGUUAUGUUCCACAGUGCUGAAGUGGCCCUGCUCAUGAACCCUGCUCCAGGGUCUGUCCCGGAAGGCAGAUCCCUUGACUCGGACACAACCAGCCUGAUCGAGUCUGAGCUCUCUCCUUCAGACAGCAAGGAGGGGCUGGUGGCCGAAGAGAAGGAGCUGAAAUCAGAGAGCAGCUCAGAGAAGGGAGUGUGCAGCUCCUCAGAGCUUCCAGAGGACAGUGAGGUCGGGAGUACCAGUGCCAGUGUCCUGCCAGAGUCACUCCCAAGGUCUGCGAGUGACGGAGCUCUGAGUGCAGCUCCAUGUGGUAAGGGCACAGAGGAGAAGGGCUUGAUAGAGGAAGCACAUGAAGCUGUGGAAGCCCUGGUAGCAGAAAGACCAGCAGAGACCAGCAGCCAACCUCAGAGCCCCCCUGCUCUCCCUUCCAGCCCAACCUCGGAUGUGCAGCCCUCGGGCAGCGGAGGCGUCGCCCUCGAUGUCCAGGCAGAGCUCAUCCCACUGAGGAACAUCGAGGUGGAGCUCUCCAGUGCUCUGCACAUCACCAAGGACGCCACAAAGGAGGCUCUGCACGUGACAAUGGACCUCACCAAGGAGGCCAUGUCCCUCACCAAGGAUGCUCUGAGCCUGAGCCGGGACAGGAUGACCUCCACGGUGCAGAGGAUGCUCUCCCUGCCCCCAGCCAGGGAUUCUGUGCCCAAAGCAGAGGAGGGAGCAGUGACCCCGGGCGGGGGCCGGAUGCGUUUCUUCUCCAUGAAGAGAACCCCGUCCCAGCACUCCUUUGACACCACGUCCGUGGACGGGAGCGGCCCCGAGGACGGGCUGUCCGUGGACAGCGACGGCAGCGACGGCUUCGUGCUGCUCACAGACUCUGAACCCAGCCUGGACCCUCUCUCCUCGAGGCAGCUUCCUCAGGCCCACGGUGACUCAGGCAGCAGGACAAGCCUGGUGGCCGAGGAUGAGGGUGGAUUGUCCCCGGAGGUGAACAGCUCCACGUCCCAGAGUGAAGACCCCAGCCUGCAGCUGGUGUCUGUCCUUGUGCUGAAGAUGAAUGAGGUGAACUGUGGCAUAGAGGCACGAGGGGAUGAUUUGUCUGUGGCUGUACAAGUGAUGAACGUGGUUCCAGAGCAGCUGAACAACGUGGGGAUGUGGCAGUAUCUGCGUGGCUACGUGGCUGUAGGAGCCCCGGGGGUGGAGGAGCCUGCAGCCCCCGUGCCCAGCCCGCCCCAGCCCCAGCUGUGCCUGCGCCUGGACGGGGGUCCCGCCGCCGCCGCCCACUCCCCGCUGGCCGAGCGCAACGGGCUCCUGCGGGUGCUGCUGCGGGGCUGCCACACCCAGCUCUGCACGUCCUCCCUCACCGGCCUGGGCCCCUUCCUCGAGGAUGAGAUCAUUCCAGAGGUGAUCCCCAUGGAGAUAGAGGUGGUGGAUGCCAAAAUCACGAUGCAGGAUGACAGCCCCCGGGUGUACCCCACCUCCCCCGGCCCUGUCCCCAUCACCCUGGCAGUGGAUCACGUUGUCGUGAGGCGCAGGGACGACGGUGUGUUCUAUCUCACAGCUCCCCAGGGGAAGGACUCACUGAAAGAGGAAAAACCUGUGUCAGUUCCUGAGGAGCAAAAGGCCCCAGCAGAGUCUGUCUUGGCAGCCCCAGCAGCAGGAGCACAUGGGCUGCAGCUAAAGCAAGUGCCAGAGUUGCAAAGGGAGCUGCAGACCAUGAAACUGGCCCUUGCAGAAGCCAACAUGGACAAGGCUCACCUUCUGCAGGAGAUCAGGAAAUACAACCCCCUGUUCCAGCUCUGACAGUGCUGGCACUGCCAGGGAGCAGGGACCAGCACCAGCACCACCAGGGCAGGUUUGGUCACGUCGCUGCCAAAUGGGUCUGACCCAGGGACUGAGACCAGCUGGGACUGCACAGGACUCGGAGAGGGAGGGAGGGAGGGAGGCCUGGCUGAGACAGGGAAGGAAUGAGGAGGAGUUUUCUUUGCUGUGUUCUGGCAGUGCUGCACUGAGCCAGGGCACUGUUCAGCCUGCAAACACAAGGUCAGAUGUUGGGGGGAGAGAGACACAUCCUGUGUCUCCUCAUCCUUUCAGCCUUCACCUUCCAUGGUGACAUCUAGAGAGGGUCCAUGUUGGGGUUUCUGCUUCUUUCACCCUCCCUUGUUGUGUUCUUGCCCAGUCCUGCUCACCAAGGGACAUGGCAGGAGGAGGGUGGUCACUUCAGCACCUGGGGAGUGACAGGACAGGGGUGGCAGAGGGCUCAGGGCUCUGCUGGCUCCUGGAGGGAGGGACAGGAGUGCAGAAGGGAUUUCCCCCUGUGGAGUGAGGGGAUACAGCUCACUAUCCCCUCAAGAACAGGGUCAGGAUAGUAAAGAAAUCCCUCCAGAUUUCUUUUUCCACCAGUAAUUCCUUGUGUGGAGACAGUGUAUUAGACUUAGUCCAGUUCAUUCUCACUUAAUCCCACAACAUUUGGCUUUUUGAUGCAGAAAAACAAGGGAAUUGAUUCCUUACAAGGCACUGUUUACGUUUACUAUCAAAGAACAGGGGUGAAGGAAGUUGGUUCAGUCUCAGAGUGAGAUGACCUGUGUAAUUUUUGGGGUGCACGUUGUCCUCACAGCUUUGUGUGCCGGAAUUCCGGCGGGGAGAGGGAGCAGCUGUGACCCCUGAGGAAGGAGCUGCUCCUGCAGGGCCGUGGGGGUUUGUCAGCACUGAGCUCCUGUCUGAGGGAAAUCCUUCAGCAGGGCUGCUGGUCUGUGGCCAAGGGGGCUGCCUGGGCUGGGACACAUUCCAGAGCCACCUGCUCUGUUCCCGAGAGGAAAACGCACUUGGAGUGGGUGUCAGGGGCACUGCCUUCCCCAGCCCUCAGCAGUGAAGUCAGACCCCUCUGCAGGGAGUGACUUGCUGUGAGCAGCUCCCAGAGCAAGGCAGGAGGUGACAGAGCCUCUCCGGAUCCAGGUGCUGCUGGAACAGACCCCUGGGAACCGCCCAGAGCCUCCGAGCAGAAGUUGGACUUUGCUUUGCCAAACCUUUGUGCUGCUCCCUCUCCCCGGGGGAGCAGGAGCUCCGAGACUGCUUGCCUGAGGUGGAAUGCAAUGGUGUUCCUGCUUUUUCUUCGCUAAUUGCUUGAAAAUGGAAGGUUUCUCUUCUGCUCUUUCAAAUUUUCAUGAUGUUUUGUUUGGGUGGGGAAUGAGUGGGGUGCAAAGGGUUUGCUCUGCCUUGGUGCCCACCUGCAGGGUCCCACAGCUCCUCCCACGUGUGCAGGCUGAGCACAGCUGGGGCCAAGUUGUUUACAGCAAAUUUCUUGCUCCAGCAACUCAAGUCAAUGGGUUUUGUUGAAGAAUUCAAGCGUUUCCUUUGAAGUCCCAGUAAAAAGGACUGUAACCCAAAACCCACAGGCGUGGGAGGACAAAACCUCCUGAUCUCCGUGGAUCACAAGGAGCAAAGUUUACUUUGUGGAGCCCCUUAUCCAAGGACUCAUCCUCUGUUCUGGUGGGAGCCCAGGGAAUCCUGCCCACCACAGCUGCUGUGGGAGAGCCCGUGGCCUCAGCACCUCUCUGGGGCAGGAGCAGCUCCCAGGGCCUGGGGACGGGGGGAAUGUGCAAGUCUGAACUUGAAUUUGAGUUUUAGCCAGUAUUGGAACUUUGUUGCAGUUUGUUUCCACUGAUGCAUUUAUUGGUUCUAUGAACCAGGAGCAAAAUUAAACUCCUUAACCUCC